AUGGCUAAAAGAAAGAGCCCUGCAGCGGAUUCCCGCCCGGUCAAGAAGGCAAGAGCCACCGCUAUCUUCAGAACAUCUGAUAGCACCACUUACUGGCACACAAAGGGCAAGGCUAAGUCCAAGUCCAUGCCCACCUCUCCCAGCAGAUCGAGCCGCCGCGACAGUGAUGCUUCGUUGACUACUCCGCCGCGCAAUGUCGCCACCCGCUCAAUGACUUUGAGCAAGCGCACCAAGUUCCCGUUUCUCCAGCUACCUGCCGAAUUGCGCAACCUGAUCUACGAGCUCACCCUGGACUUCGAGGGUGUGGCGAGACUGCUUACAGACCACUACGAAGCUCACGUUAAUGACGGCACCAUCAUCGAAUGGCCUGACCGCGAUGUUCACCCUUUGCUACUAGUGAACAAGCAGGUAUCCCGGGAGUCGACGUACAUUCUUCACCGGAAGACGCUUCGGCUGCCGCAUUCGACUACGCCCAACAGCCUGAUCACGGAUGUCGCCUCUGUGAAACUGCUGGAGAACCUGCGCAAAGUCGACAUUACGCGCGACGACAGCUUCGGCGAGAUGCAUACGUGGUGUGACUUUCUGGAGUUCUUCAGGCUGAUCAGAUCCGCUGUCAACGUGUGGACCAAGUCGCACAAGCUGCAGGAGCUCACCAUCGUAAUGAAGGGCAGGCAGGUCAUGACGCAUCUGGCAACAUGUCCAACCCAAGGCCACUGCUACUUUCUGGAAGAAAUCAAGAAAAUGAUGACCAGCCUUGAAGAGCUCCGUGGUAUCAAGAACGUUACUUUUGGUGGUUUCCUGGAGGAAUGGGCGGAGGGAGCCAAGAAGUGGAUGCAGACACCGCCCGCUUAUCUCCUCAAAAGCCUCACACCCGACCUGCGGAAGCGAAUCUAUAGCUACCUCAUGGACCUCAACGAUGCCAACGAUGCCUUGGUCAAGGCGAGCGACACGGCUGUUGCAUCGUGGAAUCCACCAAAGACAAUGGACGCGAUAGCCCCGUCGAUGACCUCGCCAAACCUCCUUCGUGUGAACCAGGUAAUCACGCAUGAGAUUCUGGAGUACAUGUACGAGAAGACCUUUACUAUCAGUGCACCCCCGCCACAUCAUGUGCACACUUGCACGAGCGUGACGAAGUUCAUCAGUCCCAAUGUCCUCAAGAACAUCCGUCACCUAGCGCUUGAUAUCGACUCGCGGGGCUCCGCCUUCAUUGCAGCCGACUGGCGUAUUCUCAUCAAGGAGCUUGCCGAGAAGCUGAAGGCUAGUGCGGACCGCAAUCUUGUGACACUGCACAUCAACAUCAAGGACUCGGCAUGGGUCAAGGAGCAGAUCAAGGCGGAGAAGAAGGCGUCAUCUGGAAGGGUAUCCAAGGAGAAAGAGACUGAUUUCUACGGACUCAAAACACUGGGAAAGCUGACCACAAAGAGGCUGAUGCACACUUGGUUGCUCAAGGUUUCGUUUGGAGAAGGCGUGAGCGAUGAGGUGAAAAAGAUGUUGACUGAGAAGCUGUGCGGGGGUAGGUCGAACAGGUACAACCGCGAGGGAGUCUCUUACGGACUGGAUGGCCUGAUCGCGGAGGAUUGA